UUUAGGUCAAUGGAUUUAAAAUCUGGAGGGUCAACAGUUCGCGUAGGAAAGGAGAAGGGCCGACUCGACACUGUUCUAUCGUGAUCUCGGCUUUCGUGUCCGAGUGAGGAAGGAAAUCGGAAUUGGAGAGAUCGAGGAACGGCGUUGGGCGGCGUCCGCGGUCGAGCGGCAGGAAGCAGCGCCCGGUGGAGGGUCGCGCGGCGGGUAAGGAUCCUUUUCCGGUCCUUCGUCAAUCAGAUCAGAGUGUACAGCAGUUGGAUCGUGUAGGUUUCAGGAAUAAUGGUAGUAGACAAUUUAGACAAAAAAUUCCUUCAACAUACUUGGUGUUACUUUGUCAACAAAUUUCAUUUAUGGGGUGAGAAGUAAGAAGCAAGGCACUAUCAUAUGUUCUAUUCUUUGAAAAAUGGAGUUGUCAGGUGAUUCAGAACGAUCUGAAUCAGGGACCUCUAAUGCCGCUUGGUGGCCUUCUGAUAUUAUAGAAAAUUUGAAGUCUGUUAGUCUAUCUCCUCGUGAAGACACAUUGACUACUGAAGCCUCUAUAUGCAAUCUGAAGCAUUCUCAACACUCGCCAAAGGCAGCUUCUCAAAUUUUGUGGUCCACUGGAUCUUUUUCAGGAUUAAUACCUAAUGGUUUCUAUUCUAUCAUUCCUGAUAAGAAACUUAUGGAGCUUUUUAACACUAUUCCAUCUCCAGAUGAUGUGUAUUCUCUUGGUUUGGAAGGGUCUAAGGCUGACAUAAUCCUUGUCGACUUUGACAAGGACAAGAAACUCUCCAUGCUAAAGCAGUUAAGUGCAGCAAUGGUGAAAGGAUUACAUGCAAAUCCUGCUUUAGUAAUAAAAAAAAUUGCUGGUUUGGUUUUUGACUUUUAUAAGCGUCCAAAUUCAGAGAUCACUACUACAAAAACUUCGACAGAUGAUAUUUUUCAUUCAUUGGAUGAUAGAAGCAUCCAACUUCUGGGGCAUAUCAGGCAAGGCUCUUGUCGACCUCGGGCAAUUUUGUUUAAAGUCCUAGCAGAUGCUGUUGGUCUUGAGACCAAACUCGUGGUGGGUCUACCUAGUGAUGGUGGUACUGAGUGCAUAGAUUCAUUCAAGCAUAUGUCUGUGGUAGUUGUGCUAAAUUCUGUGGAGUUACUUAUAGAUCUUAUGCGUUAUCCCGGACAGUUAAUUCCAUUUUCAACCAAAGCCAUAUUUAUAUCUCAUAUUUCUGCAGCAGGGGAGAGCGAUUCCGCUGAGUAUGAUUCUUGUGAUUCUCCCCUUGAACCAAACAGCCCUUUAUAUGGGCUGUCUGACAAAGUUGAAGCUUCAGGCAGUUCAGAAAAUAGUGAAAGUUUCCAUUUAGCGUCUCAACGGAGAGUUGAAACAUCUAACCUACUUGAUCAUUCCCUACGUCGAGUUAUGCUGAGAUCAACUACUAUGGCUGAGGGAAAUUUAAGUGAACCAGACCUCGCAAAUGCUUUUUGGAGACGUAGCCGGAGGAAGGCUGUUGCUGGUGGACGUACAGCCAGUUCAAGUCCAGAGCAUCCCCUAUUUAGGGCACGAGGGCGGUCAAUGCUUGGUGGUGAUAGACAAUCAUUUAGAGCAUAUGCAGAUGAUGUAAUUGUUUCAAGGUCUGAUGGUGCAUCAACAUCUGAUGCACGCAGGAUGCGAAGAAGAAGCAUUAGCAUUACACCUGAAAUUGGUGAUGAUAUUGUCAGGGCUGUUCGAGCAAUGAAUGAAACUUUGAAACAAAAACGCCUUCUAAGGGAUCAUGAUGGUGAAGGUUCUGGAUCCUCUGUAGAUGAUAAGGAUGGACCAAACAUUUUACCAACUAAUGAUGAAGUAUCUGCAUCUAAUAAUUUCCGAAAGCAAUCGGGUUCUACCCAGAAGGCUAUGUCAUUACCUUCAUCUCCCCAUGAAUAUGGCGGUCCAACUUCAGAAGGGGGGCACUUCCUCAGAACAGAAGUCAUGGAGUCAAAUUUGAACAAGAUUUUGCAGUCAUCUACCCUUAUGAAUAAGCCCAUAUUACCAUUUGAUGAAUGGAACAUUGAAUUCUCAGAGUUAACUGUCGGAACACGAGUUGGAAUAGGAUUUUUUGGAGAAGUUUUCCGAGGCAUAUGGAAUGGUACUGAUGUUGCAAUAAAAGUUUUUCUAGAACAAGAUCUAACAACUGACAACAUAGAAGAUUUCUGCAAUGAGAUAUCUAUACUCAGUCGUCUUCGGCACCCUAAUGUUAUUUUAUUCCUUGGGGCAUGCAUGAAACCUCCACACUUUUCAUUGAUAACAGAGUACAUGGAGAUGGGAUCAUUGUAUUAUCUUAUACAUACAAGUGGCCAGAAAAAAAGGUUAAGUUGGCGUAAGAGAUUAAAAAUGCUCCGUGAUAUUUGCAGGGGUUUGAUGUGCAUACAUCGUAUGAAAAUAGUUCACCGUGAUCUUAAAAGUGCAAACUGCCUUGUGGAUAAACAUUGGACAGUUAAGAUAUGUGAUUUUGGCCUCUCGCGAGUAAUAAUAGAUGGUCCAAUGAGAGAUAAUGCUUCUGCCGGAACACCUGAAUGGAUGGCUCCUGAGCUCAUUCGCAAUGAACCAUUUACUGAGAAAUGUGAUAUUUUUAGCCUUGGGGUUAUAAUGUGGGAGCUUUGCACUUUGAAUAGGCCAUGGGAAGGCAUACCGCCAGUUCAAGUAGUUUAUGCGGUUUCUAACGAAGGGAAAAGGCUGGAGAUUCCUGAAGGCCCUCUAGGCAGCCUAAUAUCAGAUUGUUGGGCAGAGCCUUCUGAACGACCGAGCUGCCAGGAAAUCCUUACCCGCCUUCUUGACUGUGAAUACUCUCUUUGUUGAUUCUUAUGCUGAUUGUGACAUGUACAGCAACCAUACAUCACUAAGGUUUCGUCCGCGUUUCUGUAAGUCAAUUUUCUGUCGGGUUUUAAGAUCUCAAGUCUCCCGACUCCUGUGCAUUGGCCAUUCAUGAUUAAUCCCACUUUGAUUUUGGUACUUAAAUUUCACAUGUUGCUGGCUGCAGAAAAAGUCAGGACACUCACAAUGUCCAAUAAGAAUUUGAAUUGCAAUGCUCAACAUCAGAAACUUGGUUUUUUAAUUGAGUUAGGAUCUUCUAUCAUA